GUCACUCCGGCUUUGAAAAGCGGCGCGGCUCCUUCAAGAUGGCGGAGCUCGAGCAGCUGCUGGACGAGAGCUCUUCUGCAAAAGCUCUUGUCAGUCUGAAAGAAGGAAGUUUGUCAAACACUUUAAAUGAGAAAAACAACCUACCAAAAUCUCAGAACACCAGGGGAAGGAGCAGCUACAUGUCUAUGGAAACGCCGACAAGAAGCUCAAAGAGGAGUCGUUUUUCCUCUGAGGAGGAGGAGCGGCCGCUCAGCUCCAGAUCCCCCAGGAGGAGCCAGAGAGUCACCACUGUGCCUCAGAAACUUGCAAAUGUCACGACACCAGAUAAAAGAGCUUCACAGAAGAUUGGAUUAAGAUUACGAAACCUGCUUAAACUGCCCAAAGCUCACAAAUGGUGCAUCUAUGAGUGGUUCUAUUCUAAUAUCGACAAACCGUUAUUUGAAGGAGACAAUGACUUCUGUUUGUGCCUGAAGGAGUCAUUCCCUAAUCUGAAAACAAGAAAGCUGACCAGGGUGGAAUGGGGAACAAUCCGACGACUAAUGGGCAAACCCAGAAGGUGUUCCUCUGCAUUUUUUGCUGAGGAGCGAACAGCCUUGAAGCAGAAGAGGCAGAAGAUGCGUUUGUUGCAACAAAGAAAGCUCACAGACAUAUCACAUUGCAAAGAUCUGCCAGAUGAGAUCCCUUUACCAUUAGUCAUUGGCACUAAAGUCACUGCUCGACUCCGGGGACUCCAUGAUGGCCUGUUUACUGGACAGAUUGAUGCAGUGGAUACAAGUGCAGCAACGUAUCGCGUUACCUUUGACAGAAGUGGACUUGGCACACAUACAGUUCCAGACUAUGAAGUGCUUAGUAAUGAGCCCCAUGAAACAAUGCCAAUAUCUGCCUUUGCUCAGAAACAACGUCCAUCUCGCUUCCAGAACUUUCUGACUCCUCCACGUGGGUCAUAUCCAGGGUCAACCCAACCUAUGUUAAUGGACAAUGAUCCUCUGUUCAGUCAGUCGCCUUGGAGGAGUAAAAUGAGUGGAAGUGAUGGAGACACCCUGGGAGGGUUUCCUGUAAAAUUUCUUGUCCAGGUGACACGAUUGUCCAAAAUCCUCAUGAUAAAGAAGGAACACAUAAAGCAUCUAAAAGAGAUGAAUACCGAAGCUGAAAAACUGAAGUCCUACUCCAUGCAGAUUGGGUUAGACUUUCAGAAGAGGUAUGCUACCACAGUACUGGACCUGGAGCAGCUUAAUAAAGACCUAAACAAAGUCCUGCAUGAGGUUCAGCAGUUCUGUUAUGAGCUGGCCCCAGACCAAGGCAUGCAGCCUGCAGAUCAGCCCAGUGAGCUGCGGAGACGCUGUGAGGAGGAAGCUCAGGAUGUGAUGAGAUUGUCCAACGCAUUGCCUGAUGGGGAACAGCGUGUCCAGAGCCCCAGCCUUACUCAGCUCGUUUCUCGCCUCACUGCCCUCCUGCUGCAGAUCAGGUGCUUGGCAGAAGGUGGUGACCUGAAUUCAUUCGAGUUUAAGUCGUUAACGGAUUCCCUGAACGACAUAAAGAGUUCGAUAGAUAGUUCCAAUCUCAGCUGUUUCCAGGACAAUGUGGAGAUCCAUGUAGCACACAUCCAGAGUGGCCUGAGCCAGCUGGGUAACCUCCAUGCUUUCUCUGCCAACAACACCAACAGAACGUGACUGAAACAGAGACCAUAUAAAACCCCUCAAAACAUGGACUCCGAGCCAUCUCUGUGCCCACAGCUACUUUUUGUGCACAUUUUCUUUGACAUAUUUAGGAAAAUAAGCUCAUAUGUUCACUGAAUGAAACCUUGAGCAGGUGAUGUGUCAAAUAGUAGUUGUCUUUCCCCUCUCUGUCUUAAACAAGCAGAUAUAUUUGAGCAGUGGAGCAGCCUAUUAAAUAGCAGAAGUGAGAAGUAGUCAUUUUACUGAUCAGCCAGUAUGUUCAUUCACUGUUAAUCUUGCCGUAUUGUAGGCGUUUUAUUUUUAUGGCUUGUUCCUGUAGGGAUUUUAGCAUAAUAUAUUCCUCCCAGUUGCAGUUCCAUGGUUUUGAAGCUGAAAUGCUUAUAUAAAAAAUUUUUAAGCUCCCUUGGAAAAAGGGAACUUGAUUUGCAACCUCUACACUUUUGAUUGCUCCCCACAGAGAUGACCGCACUGUCCAUUUUUGAAAUGUACAUUGUAGAUACUUGUACAGUUUACUCACAUUGUUGAUGCAUUGGCUGUGUAUGUGUCAAUGUGGAUGUUUUAUAACUACUUUAAAUAUUUUUGUAAAGAACCAGAUUUGAUUUAUGAAAGACCCAGCAUACCGUUAUAGACAGCUAUAUGGGUGGCACCCAUCAGAUUGUCUCCACAUGGCUAAACCCUCCCCAUCUGCAGAGUAAUUACCAAUACAUCACUGGUGUAUGUUCAUUUAGGUGUUGAUUUUUGCUUUAAGGUAAUUUUCACCAGUUGUUUUAAGGGUAACUGGUAACUGUAAACUGCAAAUGUGUAUAUACAUUUUGUUAAUUUCUAUUAAAUGUCAGAUGCAGAAAAUAGUUUUCCUGCAUUUUUGUAGUGAGGCGAAGACUUUUCAUGUACAUUUGAAUUCUUUUAUUAUAUAUAUUUUUUUCCAACAGUGAUACAGUGCAACUAUUUAAAUAUAAAAUAAAUAAUUGAUUCCAAAUCUGAUUUUUUUUGGUGUGUGUUUAUCAUUGUCUAUGACUCAUUGUGGUGGUGGGACAGUGUGUGACAACAGUCCUAGUAUUAACUGUAAGCUACUACAUAAAACCAGCAAAGCUAGCCAUGGCCUCCUUCUCCCAGU